UUACUAAAGAUCCAAGCUUUUAUCGGUGGCUGUUCGUUGUGUUUUGAAGAUUGCCCCCAAGAAAGCCGUUAAAGAAAAAUUGAUCCAAGAAACGUGUUAAAACAUCACACUAUAUCCUGCGGCUAAAUAUUCAGGCCUUUCUCAGUUUCUUGCUGCUGGAGAGAGUUCUCGAGUUUCCGUUCUUCCACCAAAGUGUUGAUUUCAUCGACAUGGCCGACGAGGCACCGCCUUCGCCUGUGAGCCUUAGCAGACCUCUUCGUUGCAUCGUCAAACUUGGUGGAUCUGCAGUUACCCAUAAAGAUGUGCUGGAGCACAUAAAUGACAAAGAUCUUGCUGCAGUUGCAUCACAGUUGAGGGAGGUCAUAAUGCAUUCUACUGCAAGGGGGUACACGAUGGAUUGGAGCAAGCAGUCGGGGAUCCCUCCAACUAUUCCUGCAGAUAUUGCAGAUCAAGUUUUGAGUUCGAGUGCUUUCAUUGUGGUUCAUGGAGCAGGGUCCUUUGGGCACUUCCAGGCAAGUAGAGCUGGAGUUCACAGAGGUGGAUUGCAUUUACCUCUUGUAACUGCUGGUUUUGUGGCAACAAGAAUAUCUGUGACAGCACUCAAUCUUGAGAUUGUGAGGGCACUUGCAAAAGAAGGUAUUCCAUCUGUUGGAAUUUCUCCGUUUUCUUGUGGUUGGUCAACUUGUGAAAAAAAGAUUCAAUGCGCUGAUAUUUCUCCAGUGACUCAUGCUAUUGACUCAGGGCUUAUCCCAGUUAUGCAUGGCGAUGCAGUGCUUGACAGUUCACAGGGUUGCACCAUAUUAAGUGGGGACAUAAUAAUACGUCAUCUUGCUCAACUGUUGAGGCCUCAGUAUGUUGUUUUUCUUACAGAUGUUAUGGGAGUCUACGACCGCCCUCCAACAGAUCCAAAUGCCAUACUCUUAAGAGAGAUAGCAGCUGUUAAUGAAGAUGGUAGCUGGUGUGUGGUUAAUCCAAGACUACAGGACAUUGAUUGCCAAGUGGAAAUCACAGUAGCACCUCAUGACACAACUGGUGGGAUGACAACCAAGAUAUCAGAAGCUGCAAUGAUUGCAAAACUCGGAAUUGAUGUUUAUAUAGUCAAAGCUGGUACAACUCAUUCUGUGAAAGCCUUGAGGGGAGAACUGAAUGACCUACCAGGGGACUGGCUUGGAACUGCAAUCCGCCCUUCAAAUAAAAGCACCUAAUUGCUCCACAGAAUGAAAAGGGGAACAAUAUGAAUAUGCUGAAAGGCUGGAAGUAGCUGCUUUGCAUUAUCGUGUGUAGCAUGUUGCGGUUGGCCUAAUGUAAUAUAAUUGUGAAACAUGUAUUAUUUGAGGGUCAGUCAAUAUUGUAAACUGUAACAUCUUCCUUUUGGCUCCAAAAUAAGAUGCAUAAUAUAAUGUAUUGUAGAAGAUUGUAAGUUAUGUUGAAAAGAAAUUGUGAAAUCAAAAAAUCAGAGAAGGU